AUGACAAAUAAAGAAGAGGGAGGGGGAGAAGGAGAAGAGGAAGAGAUUAACCAAGAAUCAAUUAUUAGAUAUGUUUUGAAUCAAAAAAAGUUAUCAUUGUUUCUAUCACCACAAUAUUAUCUGUAUCCUAUUGAUGGUGAUGAUGAUAAUAAUAAUAAUGAUAAUACAAAUGGUGGUGAUGAAGAAAAGAAUAAUAGAGAUGAUUCUAUAUGGUGUCAUUUGGUAAAGAAUAGAUCAUUGGUUACAAGUGUACACUCAAAUAGUAGUAAGAACGUUUCACCGCCGUCGAUUAGUAGUGUCGCUGAUGAUCUCGAAGAAACUGAUCGGUAUAGUCCUGGUGCCAUCAGUCCAUCAUCAUCUCAAACAUCUGCCCUAACCCUUGAUAUGACCAAUCAAUCAAUUCAAUUGGAAUCAAUCGAUUUUAUAAAUGAAAAUGAAAAUGAACAUCAACAACCACAACAAGAGCAACAAGAAACACAAAUAUUUGUGGAUAAUGAUAAUACUCUUGAAAUUGUAAAUACUCCUCCAAAAACAACUCAAACAACAACAAAAAAUCAAGAAAAAGAAAAUAUUCAACCAAAUAUUGUAAAUAAUAAUAAUAAUAAUAAUAAUAAUACCAAACCAAUAAUCGAAGAAGAUCAAAGUGCGCAACCAUUUAGAAAUCUAUUUUUAAAUCAACAAAAUAAUAAUAAUCAUAAAUUAACAAAUAACUCUUCUAAUAAUAUUCCAACAACUACAACAACAACAACAACGACAACUAUAUCUAAUAUUAAUAAUAAUGAUGAAUGGACAAAUGAAGAAAUGAAAAAAUUAAAUGUUGGAUGUUUGGUAACGAAUUCAAUGGAUAUUCAUUAUUGGGAAAGAGUUUCAAAGAUAGUUGGAACAAAGAAUGCAUCUCAAUGUCAAAUUAAAUGGACUAGUAAAUUCCAAACUCCAUCAAAAGAAAAGAAAAAGAAAUUUGAUAAACAACAAGACAAGGAAAUAUCACCUCUCAAUAUAGAGAAAAAGAUUAAUAUCAAUACCAUUAAAAUUAAAAGAAAAGCAAGAGAUUAUUUGGAAAAAAAUACAAAAACAAAGAAAACAAAAGAUAUAUUUGAUACUACACCAUUUAAAAAACAACAUGAAACUAUUAAAAUUAAAUCAAAGAUUAAUAUGGAUGAUGAUGAUGAUGAUGAUAUUGAUGGUUUAUUUGGUAAUGCUCCUCCUCCUCCUCCUCAUCCUAAAUCAUCAACCACAAUGAAAAACCAAUCAACAGUAGCUUCUACAGAAGAUCAAUCCUCAGAAGAUUAUUCAAGUUCAAUGAUAUCAUUUAAAGAUAUUGACAAGGAACAAUUAGAUGGAUAUAUUCAUAAAUUAUCAACACAAAUGGUUAAAUCAAGGAAAAAAGAAAUCAAAUCAAAUACUGUCAACAACAACAAAACAACAAAAAGUGACCAAGAAAGGAAAAAACCAUCAAGUAUCUAUAAACCAAUGGCAGAAGAUCAGAAAAAAGCAACUAAAUUGAUUGGAAAGAUAUCAUCUGGAAUGGAAAAAAGAAGAGAGAGAUUGGAUAAUCCAGAAUCUGACGGUGAGGAAGAGGCUGAAUACUACUAUUCAGAAGAUGAAGAACAAGACACUACACUCACCUGUAUGUCUGUCUGUCUGUCUGUCUGUCUUUCACACACAUUGGGUACCACUACUACUACUACUCUCUCACUCUAG